AUGGAUGACGAAUUUCCUACCGACUUUUCUUCUCAAACAAGAACAUAUAUUUCUGUAUUAAAUCCUGAAGCUACUUCAUUUGAACCAUCAUCUUAUUCUCAACAUAUACAAGAAGUUUCAAGACCAAAAUCUUUUUCAGAAGAUAAUAAUCAUCAUUUACAUAUUCAAUCAACUACAAAUGAUCAAUAUGAUAAUGAAAAUUAUUAUUCAACAACUAUUCAUUCAAUAGAACCAUCAGAACAUAUUUCUUCACAAACACAUUUCAUUCAAGAAACAAUAACAAAUAAUCAACAUCCAACAAGUUCAUAUCAUAUUGAACCAGUAAAUAUUUCUUCUAAUGAUCAUUUGAAACAAUCGACACUCCAAACAAAAGAAGAACAUGAUGAUGAUCAUCAGAAAAUUGAACAAAAUAUAGAUGAAAUAUCUUUUCAACAAUCAACUAAUAUUAAUAAUGAAACUAAUUUUGAUACACAAACAAAUCUUAAUGAGAUAUCAAAUGAACUCAAAACACAACGUAAACUUGAUGAAAAUGAAAUUCCUAUUGAUCAAUCUUCAACCGAUAUCGAAAAUAAAACUACUUUAAACGAAUUAAAAUCAAAUACAAUUGAUACUCGUCCAUUAACAGAACUUGAAACAUCCUAUGAACAAAAACCAACCAAAGAAUCUUUAAAUUCAUUAUCUGAUGUUGUUUCGGAAAAAAAUUCUGAUGCUACAGCUUCUCAAACUGAACUUGAUGAUAUUCUUGGUAAUAAAUCUUUACUUAAACAAAUAAUUACUCCAGGUACACCUGAUACACGUCCAAUACGUAAUGCAUUAGCAACAGUUUCUUAUAAAUUAUUUUUAAUUGAUGAUUCAACAUCAAAUUCACGUCUUAUUGAAACAAUAACGAAUGAAUGUUUUUUUGUUAAUGAAUGUGAUAUUUUACCAGCUAUUGAUCUGUCUAUUCAAUUAAUGGAUCGUGGUGAACAUGCAUUAAUUUAUUCUGAUGUUCGACAUUGUUAUGGAGAUAUUGGUUGUGAAGAAAAACAAAUUCCACCAAUAUCAUCAAAUAAUUCAUAUCAAAUGAAAAUUGAUCUAGAAUUUCAUGAUUGGAAACAUGCACCUGAUAUUCAAACAUUAUCAAUUGAUGAAAGACUUUUUUGGAGUGAUAAAAAGCGACAACGAGGAAAUCUUUUAUAUCGUCGAAAAGAAUAUUCAACAGCUCUUCAAUGUUAUCGUAAUGCAUUAAAAUUCUUAGAUACAGAUCAAUAUCCAUUAUUAGAAGAUGAUAAAGAAUCAUCCGUAUUAAUUGAUCGAUAUAUUCAAGUACAAAAUAAUCUUGCACAAGUUUAUUUAUUAAAUAACCAAUAUGAACAAUGUUUAGAUGCUGUUAAUCAAGUUUUAAAACAUGAUUCAAAAAAUAUUAAAGCUUUAUUUCGACAAGCAAAAGCUUUAUUUGAAUUAGGAAAUUAUGAUCAAACAAUUCCAUCAUUAAAAUUCUUAUUACAAAGUCAAAAUAAAGAUGUAGAAAAAGAUAAAGUUAAUGAAAUGUUAAAUAUUUGUGAAACAAAAUUAGCAAAAUAUAAAAAAAAUGAAAAAGAAAUUUACAAAAGAAUGUUUUCAUCAGCUACAUCAACAAAAGUUGAUCAAAAUCUUCAAACAAAAACUAUUCAAAAGAUUGAAAAUAAAAAUAAUAAUUCUUGGUGGACAUAUCUUGCAAUGGGUAGUGCUGUUCUAGCUGCUGUUGGUCUUGCUGCAAUAAUUAAAUAUCGAUAA